AGUUGACGAAAGCCAGCUUGAAGAAGGAGGAAGAGGAAUUGCGUUGGAGAACGUGAAUUGAUUGACGAAGAAGGAGGGUACGAAGUAACGAAGACAGAAGAAGAAAAAAAAAAGAGAGAAAAAUGAUUACAAAUCAACCUCAUUCAUCCAUUUUCAAUAUUGUGAUACUGCUCCUGUGGCUGAUGACCGACAGUGGAUGUGGUCAUCACCCCCAAAGCCACCAGCACACUCACAAUCACUACCACGAACAGAGGCAUCAUCAUGCACUGCAAUCGGGUGUUGAUGAUCGUGGCAACAUUAGCACAGUGCAACGGCACAAGAAGCCACCUUUCAGCAAGGAGGAAUUUCGCAAACCUAUCGAGGCGGCUGUUCGUGCCCUCAGACACCCUGUUCAUAGAUUCCAUACGAAAUCAUCAACUCCACGUGCCAGUAUUACUUCCACAACAGAAGCCCCCCAUCAUCACAGACUGAGGCACCAUCACGAUCAUCACAGGUGGCGACAGGAGGAAAUGAGAUCACCCACGACGACAUCUCAUGCCAGACACCAUAUACCCCCGUUGUGGGUGGAUUCAUCGUCCGCCGGCGACGUCAAGAAGCAUCCACGGUGGGCGCAACACAAUAAAGGCUACAGCAGCUACAGUCGCAAUCACGAUCGAAACCGCCUGCGGCACCACGAUCACGUAGACCGCGAGGAGAGUCACUACCACACAACAUCCAUCCGGCCGGUUCGCGAAUCAUCGCGAGGAAAUCCUAGUGAUGUUGGUAGACACAGAUCAGCGAGUUUGUUGGUGAAAUCAAAUGAACGGUCAUCGCGUAUGGGUCACGGGAUCACCGAUAAGAGAACCCAUGACGAUGAUGAAUACCACGACAAUGAGGAGCAAGUGGACAGCCUGAGAAAUACCACAACACCCUUUGCCGGCAAUUCACAGAGACGAAGAUCCUAUAGCAUUGACGACAUUCAUGCACCAGGAUAUCGCCCAGGAGAUCUAACCAGUCACAAAUUCAGGACUCUCGGGACGUCAGAAGGUGUUCAUCAUGCUCGCAAUGAAUUUAUGAUAACUCAGAGGAGAAUUCAAGCUCAGGAACGUGCAUGGGUCAUGGAGCACAUAUCGCGUAUCCUGCAAGAGGCUGAAUGCAAGUGGCCGCGCCCCAAAGUGAUUCCCGUGCCCAACAAUGACACCGAUAAAACGUAUGCGCCCCACUGUACGAUCCUCCAUCGAUGUGGCGACGACACGGGCUGCUGUGGGCACGAGGGUCUGGUGUGUACGGCACGGAAUACCACAAGUGUCGAACUCUACUUCCAUGUUACCAAAUUGAGAGGUCCCAGUCGGACGGAGCGUCUGACAUUCGUCAAUCACACUCAGUGUCACUGCGUUAGCAGGCAUGAGUUCUUCCGAGUGCAAGAGCCAUCCAAUUUGGAACCCUAUCCCGUACAGUCGUGCCAGUGCUCGCAAUUCUUCGAGAAGGUGAUCCUCGACGAUGGAUCGUGCCGAUGUGACUGCAGCAGUGACAAUGAGGACUGCAAAUCCCUCAAGGCUGGCCAGGAAGGAUUCUCCCUGGAGGAUAGGAAAUGCAUUCAGGAUGGACGAUGCAAGAUGCCAAUUUGUGAGUUUGGAAACUACAUUCGACGAACGGGACGAUGUCCGAGGCGAGAGGAUAAAAUCCAAUGGGGUUCAUCGGCGGGAAAUCUGUAAGAAAACAAAAAAGUCAAUUUGAUCUCUUCCUUGUUUUUUGAAAAAGGGUGGGUGGGAGCAAGAAGCGACUUAAUGAUUGACUAAAAGAAAUGGAAAGUAAAAAAAAAACUUUCAGUAAAUAAGAAAAUGAGAAAACUCACCUCGGAUUUUGAAUAAUUUCUUUCUUCCUUUUCUCAUCUCAAAAGGAGGAAGAAAAAUCAUUUAUAGAGAGUUUAUUAAUUUCUAGUCAUGUGGCACGUCACACGAGAGAGUUCACAGAAGAGACGUAAUAAGUAAGAGAAAAAAUAAGAGAUUGACGGGGAUUUUUAAUUUUCAAAAAAAAGAAAAAGAAUUAAAUUAUCUCUCGUGGAAGCAUUUUAUUCAUUUUGUAUUAAAAAAAAAUCAAGAGAUCAACAUCCAGCGAUGUGCGCGACGUUUUAUACCAUCACCCGCAAUUUAUUCGUCAAUCUUUCUGCACACAAAACAACAUUCUUUUCGAAUUGUAAAAUAUAUUCUUAUAUUUAUAUUAAAAAAAAACAUAGAAAAAAGAAAUAAAAUGUACGAUACUUUUUGUAUAUUAAAUGAUUGAAAAAAAUAAUUCAUACAA